AUGGAAGUGAUGCUCAGACGUCUAAAAACAGAAGCAGACAAAGUAGGAUUAAGCAUAAACAUCGACAAAACAAAGUCAAUGCGCAUUAACACAAACAACAACACUCAAUUCAAUGUAGGAAUCAAACAUGUCGAGAAUGUAACAGAGUUUACUUACCUGGGAAGUAUUGUAAUAGCAAACGGUGGCGCAGACGCGGAUAUUGUCAUCAGGAAGGCGCAGCGAGCCUUUGGCCAACUAAAAUCAGUUUGGACCUCCCGUCAACUCUCCAUACAAACAAAAUUAAGAAUAGUCAAUUCCAACGUCAUACCAGUUUUAUUAUAUGGCUGCGAGACAUGGAGAGUGACAAAAAUAUCCAUCAACCGUCCACAGCCAGACACUAUACGUAACACCGACCUGCUUCAUCUUACAAACCAACAAGAAGUAGGCAUUGAAAUCCGCAAAAGAAAAUGGAGUUGGAUAGGUCACACUUUGCGGAAACCUGAUAGUAAUAUAGCGAGAUCAGCGUUGGAGUGGAAUCCUCAAGGAAAAAGAACGCAAGGACGACCUGCUCAAACAUGGAGACGUUCCAUACUGGAUGAGCUUCAACAAUUACUUGGACUUACUACAAGUGGUAGAAAAGCAUAA